CAAAAAGACAAAUAAUAAAGAAAAAAAGAGAGAGAGAAAGGAUGCACAUAUAGGAUGAUGAUGUCGACAUUCCAUCAUCUUCAAUGUCCUUUUGUGUUGAACUGAUAUCAUUGAUCUUCACUCAGUGAUAUAUGAUACCUUUCAUCAAUAUAUGAUGCAAUCACUAUGCUUAUUUUCCUCUUCUUUUUUUUUAAUAGAAAAUAAAAAGGGAUUUAUAAUUAGUUUUCAUUGAUAAAAUAUUCCAUAAGGAAUAGAGUAAUUCUGUAAUAUAUAGAGUUCCCAUCAUUUUGAAGGUUAGUAGCUAAUGGAUGAUGAUGGUAAAUAUGAAUCCAUGGAAUUCGCAUCAGUCAUCUAUAAAAUCUGUCAUAUAGGAGACUCAUAUCUAAUUUUUUUUUCAUUCAAUCAAUCAAUCAUCACUCCAUCAUUCAUAGUCAAAUAUACAGUCAUGAUCAAAACCUGCUCGUUCAUCUUCUUUUUUUUUUCUUCCCUACCGACAGGGCACGUGGUCUAUUUGUUUGUUUUCUGUUACUCUUAUCAUCAUCAUCAAGAUAUCAUUUUUUUCUUCCCCACAUUGUUUAUCCUUUUUUUUUUCUUCUUCUUCUUCUCUUGUAGGAUGAUACUUUUCCAUUAAAAAUUUGACUGCCGUUUUGUUGCGUG